CCUGGAACUUACUGGGGUUAAAGUGGCCCACUUUCUCGUACAGUACCUUACCUACAACCUGAACCCUGGUCACUUAUUUAGUGUACCCUUGUCACUUCGCCCCAAGUGAACUCAGUCCUCGAGCUCAAGUCCUGGAUCUCAAAACUCCGAGCUGUGGCCCCGCAACCUGCCGCCGCCAUGAAUAACGAGCAAUUUCGCCGAUUACUACUCGCAAACGCGGCCAAGCCAAGCCCGGACGAAAAUGGCAGCUCUCCUACGACUUCCCGCCCCGCGUCGAGCGCGCCCGUCGCCCUGGGAUCCAAGCUCCGAUCGAGCAUUCCCAUGACCCCUCGCUCCGUCGCCGGCGGUGCGCGCGUAGACUUUGCGCGACAGCUCGCCGAGCGAAAUCAAGCGUUCGAAAAGACACAAAAGAAGUUCAGGACCUCGGCGCCCAAGGGCAGCAAGUUCGCCCAGGGGUACGUGGACCGCGCCAAGACGCGACAGGAGCAGGAGGCGGACGAGCGCGCGGAGCGACUGAAGGCUCUGGAGGAAUCAUUCAAGAAGGAGGAGAUCGACCGCGAGACAUACGAGCGGCUGCAGCUCGAGAUCGCGGGCGGCGAUCUGUCCAGCACCCACCUGGUGAAGGGGCUGGACUUCAAGCUGUUGGAGAGGAUACGAAGGGGAGAGGACGUGUAUGGCAAAAAGUCGAAGUCGCCUGAGCCGGCCGAGGAGGAACAGCGAGGUGCGCCAGAAGAGGAUCCGGAUGACAUCCUAGAACAGCUCGAGUCCACCGAAGUCAGGGCGGUCGAGAGGGAAAAGGUGCAAAAGAAGGGCCAGUUCGCCACUGCGGCACUCAAUCCGGGGCAGAAGAGGACGCGGAACCAGAUUCUGGCCGAAUGGAAAGCUGCCAGGGCAGCGGCCAAGGCCAAGGAGGAGUCGAGCCUCGGUUCGAAGUUCAAGAAGAUUGGCGAGAAGAAGACACCGGGUACGAGGAUAGAGAGGGACGGUACAGGCCGCGAGGUCAUGAUCAUUGUCGACGAAGACGGGCACGAAAGGCGCAAAGUCCGGAAACUCGAUCCCAAGGCGGUGGAGGACCUGGAGAAGGAAAGGGAGAGGGAGGCCUUGGCAUCGGGUACCGUCCUCGGUAUGGAAGUACCCGAGUUCUACAGGAAGCAGCUAGAGGCACAGCAAGCCGAGGAGGACAGCAAGGAGAUAGCCAUCUUCGAUGAUGCCGGCUCAGAUUACGACCCCCUGGCCGAUCUAGAAGGGUCGGACGAAGACUCCGACGAGGAGGGCGAGGCUAAGGAGGGAUCCAAGGAGACAACAACAGCGGAAAUGCCUCCACCACCGAAGCCAGACGUCACCGCGGCAAGGAAUUACUUCAAAGAUUCCAAGACGGGUCUCACAUCAGAGGAAACGUACAAGGCCCCCUCACUAGACGACCCUGCCUUCCUGGCAGCGCUCAAGAAAGCCAAGGCGACCAGCGCGUUAGAGAAGUCAGAGGAGGAACGGAAGGCGGCGGAGCGGGAAGAGCGGCUCAAGAAGAAGCUAAAUGAGCUGCACCGAGACGAGGAGGACAUGGACAUGGGCUUUGGGUCCAGCCGAUUGGAGGACGAGGCAGACAUGGAGGAGACUAAGGUCAAGCUGUCUGCCUGGGGCGAUGACGACGACGAUGAUGAUGGGAAAGGAGGCGGCGGCGGGAAGGCAAAGCGGAAGAGGGGCGGGAAGAAGAAGAAGGGGGACAAGAACAGCUUUGAGGAUGUCAUGAAGGCGAUGCAGAGGCAGAAGAGCGGCGGAUGAUUACCUUCGCUCACGAAAUAUAAACACACAAAAAGUGGUGAAAGAGUGAACAUCAACGCAUCCUUGAAACUCCGUAGAAAGAUGGGUUCAUUGACUGAACUGCCUAAUUGGGCGAAAUCUCC